UAAACACAAAGUAUCAUGUAUGUUCUGGAAAAGCAGGAGGUACGUCGUAUCAGCGCUGGCUUUUUUUGGAUUUUUCACUGCCUGGGCCCUUCGUAUCAAUUUAAGCAUUGCUCUAGUAGCAAUGACGGAAUUGAAGAACAUGACACUGCAAAAUGGUUCAAUAGUAUCGAUAAGGGAAUUUGAUUGGGAUUCAAAAACACAAGGAUUCAUUUUGAGUUCUUUCUUCUAUGGAUACAUCACAACUCAAAUUCCUGGAGGAUAUUUAGCUGCAAGAAUUGGCGGUAAAAUAGUUUUGGGAUUAGGAAUUGGUGUUACUGCUCUCCUUACUCUCAUCACCCCAUGGGUGGCAAAAACAAAUUUAUAUUUAUUCAUAGCAGUAAGGAUUAUUGAAGGAGUAUUUGAGGGUGUAACAUACCCCUGUGUUCAUGCAAUAUGGGGCAAGUGGGCCCCUCCUUUUGAAAGGAGUCGACUAGCAAUGACGGCUUUUAGUGGAGGUUGCGUCGGUAUGGUAGUAUCGUUACCAGUUUCAUCUUUAUUGUGCACUUCUUUUGGAUGGGAAAGUGUUUUCUAUAGUUACGGGGUAUUCGGUUUACUCUGGUCAUUGACAUGGAUGUUGGUGGUAGCAGAAUCGCCAGAAAAAGAUCAGAAAAUAAGAGCAGAGGAAUUGAAAUAUAUCACGGAAUCUCUUGGAGGUUGUGAACCGAUUACGAAGUUGAAAGUUCCAUGGGGUGCUUUUGCUACAUCUGCCCCGGUUUGGGCUAUAUCUUUGGCAAACUUCAGUGAAAAUUGGGGAGGCUACACUCUUGUUACUCAGUUACCAAAGUUUAUGAAAAGUGUUUUGAAGUUUGACCUCAACGAAGCAGGUUUUAUGUCCUGCUUACCAUAUUUGGGAAAUUCCAUUUCAGUUCCGAUUGCCGGGUAUUUAGCUGAUUUGUGCAUUGUGAGAAGCUCUUUCAGUACGACCCAAAUCAGAAAAGCAUUCAACUGUGGCGGAUUUUUAGGUCAAACAGUGUUUUUAUUAACACCGAUUUUUCUUUGGGAGCCUACAGGAACAGUGAUUUGUAUCACUGUUGCUCAAAGUUUGGGUGCUUUUGCGAUGGCAGGAUUCAACGUGAAUCAUUUGGAUUUAGGACCUCAGUACGCUAGUAUUCUGAUGGGCAUCGCUAAUACAUUUGGAACCGUUCCAGGCAUUAUUAGCCCAAUUGUAGCAGGAUACAUUGUUACAGAUGAAAAUCGCGUAUAUCAAUGGAGAAUUAUUUUUUACGUAUCUUCGGCCGUAUACUUGUUUGGAGCGAUAAUGUAUGGUACUUUUGCCUCUUGCGAACUUCAGCCGUGGGCUACAAAAGUGGAAUAUUCUAGAAGCAACAACAACAAGCAUGAAUCUAUUGAAAAACAAGGAGGAAGCUACGAAAAUGAAAGUUUUCAAAAAGAGAUUGAAUAAAGUUAUGGAAUAUCUACAAAAUUUGUUACCAGAUAAUUCUAUAUCCACAACAGCGACAAAAAAGUUAAUUUACUUGUUUUACGACUAGUUGAACUAAUUCAGAAAAUAUUUUUCUGACAUAUUCCGUAUUU